AUGGAUGAAGGGAUACACAACAAUGAAUCAACUGUCAUUUCUACCAUCGAAACUUCUACAAUUGACACAACAACCGUUGAAACUUCAACUAUCACAUCUUCAACAGCUUUACCACCACCUUCAUCACCCAUUCCAACUUAUGUUCCUGUUUCAACGGAAGCAAGCAUUCUAUCAGUGGAGUCGAAGUUGAUUCGCUUCUCAAGGACCAAGAAUCUCGAUUGUAAACUCUUACAGAUCGUGUUCACAAGCGAAAUGAUGAAAGGAUUCGCAAUCAUUCUCAAACCAUUAUUGUUGAAUUUUCUCAGCUUCGUGAUGUUUUGA